CUACGUAUUCUGAGUGUAGCCUGCAACCCAUCAAUACUUCAUGUAGACUGACAGCAGCAGCAAAGUCAAAAGUAAACUCAGUUUAUAAUAAGCUGUCAACUGAGAAGUGGAUUAGAAAGGUUUUCACCAUGGCGACCAACCCUUACGAAGUCGAGCACAACAUCAAGGCCUCGGAACAGCGGAAAAACCGCAGACGUCCCGACAUGUCCUCUUUCAGCGCGCAUCUACACCACAUGAGCUCCGACCCAGCACACUCGCGCAUCGGCGCCACGCCCGCCGACUCCGUCGCUCUCUUCCAGCUCGUACAAGACCAGAUGUCCACUCUCGCCGCCGACGCUCCGACCGAAGCGAACCGGGAAUUCCUGCUGAGGCUCGGCAACAUGUUGGAGGAGGACAUUCGCAACGGAGCGGACCGCAUCCAGGGCGUCGACCAGACAUACCUCGACUCGCUGGACCGCGUGUCGCGCAAGAAGCUGCAGUCAGAUCCCGAGGGCGCCUGUAUGAUUUGCGCCGAGAAGUUCGUCGACGAUCCGCACCCUCUCGUCGUCGAGCUACCCUGCCACAGCACGCACAUAUUCGACCUCGAGUGUGUUGGUCCCUGGUUAUUGAGCAAAGGGACUUGUCCUGCGUGCCGGCAUGAUCUCACGAAAAAGAAGACGGUGGAGAUACCGAAAGAUGAAGAGGAGGACGAAGAUGUUGACGGACUGUAUGGCUGAGAAACUGCCGUGCUUCAACCGAUCUAUAGAUUUUACACAUGAUUAUGUCAUAGACUGCUCGCAUUAAAUUUCGUGUCAUUGAUCGAUCAUCGCCCUGCUGUUUAGACUCCGAGCCAGCAA